AUGCACAUGCGGGUGGUUCUCCAACGUCUCUUCUCGCCUCGCGCCAUCGCGAUUGCCAUGUGCAGUGCCGCCGCGCGCUUCGAUGCGCCGGCCGUCCUCGCGCAGGCCGCCGAUGACCGGUCGGCUCCUGCCGCCGAGGUAAUCCGCGCGCUCAAGGAGAUUGAGUGCGCUCCGCCGCCUGCCGCCACGGCGGAGGACCUGUCCGGACGGUGGGAGCUCGUCUUUUCGACGGCGGCGGCAAAGCUGCCGCUCAUCGACGGCUACAUGCCCAACCGCGAGGUGCUCGAGUGGGACCUGGCGGCGCGGAGGCUCAAGCUCGAGAUCGAGACGCUGCCGCUGCUGCCAAAGGUUCGUGUGGUGGGCGAAGAGCUCACCUUUGACGCGGCGUCGCAGACCCUGACGUACUCCGUGAAGCAGAAGCCGCCCUCCCAGUGGCGCGUCCUUCAUGUCGACCGCGCCAAUGGGCUGCUCGCGGCGCGCUCCUCGGUGACUGGUCUCAACCUCAUCCGCAAGCUGCGCGGCGGCGCCAUGAGGCCCACAGCCACCCUCGCCGCCGCCGCCCUCUCCGCCGCCGCCUCCGCCGCCACCGCCUUGCGCGCGCGCCGUGCCGUCGCCACCGCCGCAGCGCCGCCCCUGGGGCAAGACUUGUGCGAGGAGUUCGCGCUGUACGCGCCGCCGGCCAGCCUCGCGCCGCUGCAGCGCGGCAAGGAGCCAAUCCCUCUGGGCGUGCUCAAGGCGGCGAGGGUGGAGGCGCGCGGCGAGGUGCACCGCGACGGCGACUGGCACCGCUCAGUGCACGUGCGCUCUGCCUUCAAGGACACCCACCCCAACCUGCUCGACGUAUCGUGCGCAGGCCACAUCACCGGAGCGGACGGCGUCGUCGACACGGCGGCGCGCCCGCCCGCGGUUGGCCGUGGAACGGUGCGCGAGCUGCAGGAGGAGAUUGGCGUCUCGCUGCGCGAGGCGGACCUCGAGGCCGCUUGGGUCUGCACGCUGCCCGCCUCAGCCGAGGGUGCGACGGCACAGCACGGCCGCUUUCUCUGCCGCGAGUACCAGGCGUGCUCUUCUCCGUGGCUCUUCUCCGAGAUCUUCCUCGUGCGCUGCUCCGCAGGCUUUGACGCCGCCGCCCUCGCCCUCGACCAGGGCGGCCAGGGCGAGGUUGCCGGCGUGGAGUGGCGCGAUGCGAGCGAGGUGGCGGCGGCGUGGGCCUCUGGAGAUGCGGGCUUCGUGCCGCGCACGGCCGUAUACGGCGCCAUUCUCUCCGAGGCCAUCGCAGGGCUGGACGGGUCUGACUAG